ACAAGUACAAGUAAGAGAUGUAGGUAAAUAAAUAUCGAAUAAUUAUCACAUAUCACAUGCUAAUAUUGAUAUACGCGGGUUUGUGCAUAAUGUUGAAAUAGUUCAAAAAUGUUUGGAUUAGACUUAAAUUGAUGCCAUUCCAUUUAUCAAUAUUAUCAUUAGAUUUAUCACGUGUUUUCAAUUGAAUGUCAUUUUUUGUCAUGAGAGUGCUGACAGAUCAUUAUGAACCUCUAACCAGCAUGCCCGCAGUCAUAGGCGGCGGCGGAACGGGGGAAGCACCGGGGACUGUGCCCCCCUUUGAUUUUGGCAUUUUAACAUUAGUCCAAUCACAAUUGGCGUUGCAUGGAAGGAAUGGGACCAAAAGUCAGCAGUGCCCCCUUUAACUGAAGGUGUUCCGCCGCUACUGCCCGCAGUAACAGAUCAAGAUCAGUGGUAGGCGUGAGAUUAUUAGUUCCUAUACAUCAGGGGCGGGCAAAGUCCGGCCCGCGGGCCGGAUGCGGCCCGCCAAGCUCCGGCGUCCGGCCCGCGGUCUGGAUAGGCAGCCAGCAUUGCAAUCCGGCCCGCGAGCCCUACGGAAGCCCAGUUUAGGAUUAUGGUUCAUCCGAGUUCAGUAGCAAUAGCACUACGGUGACCUGCUGUUCUUCAGUGUGGUACGCUGGCUGAGUCGCGGCGCCAUGCUGUCCCGUGUUUGGGAGCUCAGGCGGGACAUCGCGAGCUUCCUACAUGAGAAAAGCUCACCAUACGACGAUAAAUUCAGUGAUUCCCGGUGGCUGGCUGACCUGGUACUGCUCACGGACAUCACAUCACAUCCCACCUGAACACGCUGAACACAAAACUCCAAGGAAUGAAUCUUCUGCUCUCCGACAUGUAUGCGCAUGUCACUGCCUUCGAGGUGAAGCUGCGUCUGUGGGAAGCCCAGGUAGGUCGAGGACAGCUUGACCACUUCCCUCGCCUGGCCACCUGUGCUGCGGAAGAUUCAACCGCGACGGAUGUGCCGCUGCUCUUGCCACUCUGCGACAGGAGUUCACGAACCGCUUCGCUGACGUUUGGGAGCUCGCUACCGACUUCAAGCUGGUGACAGCACCGUUUGACUUCAGUGUCGACUAAGCGCCGGUAUCCCUGCAGAUGGAGUCGGUGGAACUCCAAAGCAGUGAUGAACCCAGAGGAAAGUUUCGAACCUCUUCGCCUCUGCCCUUCUUCCGCGAUGCCAUUAUCCCCACUGGAGGAUAUCCCAACCACAUAUCGCACGUCCAACGCAUCGCUGCCAUGUUCGGUAGCACGUACUGCUGCGAACAGCUGUUCUCCAAAAUGAAGUACGUGAAGUCCCGCCUCCGAUCCAGACUGUCUGAUCGUCACCUGAAUGACGUCCUCAGGCUGAGCUAGACAACAUCUGUGGCGCCGAAUGUCGAAGGGCUUCUUCACGGCAGGAAGCAGCACCACCCUUCGCACUAAAAACGAGGGUGCGGAGAUCGAAGGACGCAUUCCGGUACCUUUCUGGGACAGCAUGAAGGGAGUGACGUGGAGUAUCGUGUCAAUGCAAAUAGCAUGUGAAUCACAAAGUAUUUUGUCUUCUUACGAUCGAGAAAAUUUUUGCGGCAUAAACCAAGAAACUAAACACAAACAUCGAGGUAGCCCGCCGUCUCCAGCUUCUUGAGGUACUUCUCAAAUAAGAAAACAAUAUCACGAUGGCAGAUCCUGUGCCCAAGCCAUGCACUUUUUCAUUCAAGAAGGGAAAGCAGAAGUUCAAAGCCCGAAAACGGCAAGCAUCUGGUAGUGAAAGCAGUGAUGAUGAUACCAGGGUGAUCAAGGUUGAGAAGAAAGCUGAUGCUAAAAAUCCUAUGAUUCAGACGUCCAAGACAGUCAAGUCGGCCAAGGUAUCGAAGCGUGCGAGUGACAACGAGAGUUCAGAUGAUGACAAUAAUGUCGGUGUGUCGUAUCGGUCCAAGCGCACGGCGGCCCGCGAAGGACCCAACGACAUGGGCGCCACGGCCACUGUGGAGAUCGACACGGAGCGAGACCGGGACGACCAGGCCAUCUUCGAGCGCGCCAUGGCCGUCAACAAGGAGCUGGAGGGCAAGGCGGACGACAAGGUGUACCGGGGCCAGGCCAACUACGCCCAGUACAUCUCCAAGCGGGACACGCCACAGGGUAACGCCAGCAGUGGCGGCGUGCGUCACGGCCCGAUCCGCGCCCCGUCCAACAUCCGAUCCACAGUGCGCUGGGACUACGCGCCAGACAUCUGCAAGGACUUCAAGGAGACCGGCUUCUGCGGCUUCGGAGACUCGUGUAUCUUCAUGCACGACCGGACCGACUACAAGUUCGGCUGGCAGCUGGAGCGAGAGAUGGACAACCAGACGUACGGCGCGUGCGACAACGAAAACUACGAGAUCAGCGACGACGAGGAUCACCUGCCCUUCCGCUGCUUCAUCUGCCGAGAGAGCUUCAAGGACCCCAUCGUCACCAAGUGCAAGCACUAUUUCUGCGAGGGGUGCGCGCUGAAGGAGUACAAAAAGUCCAAGCGCUGUUUCGUGUGCGGUGUGCAGACGCACGGCGUGUUCAACGUGGCCAAGGAGCUGCUGGACAAGCUGAACAGAGCCGGCGGAGGAGGCGUCAAGGACAGCGACGAUGACGACGAUGAUGACAACGUGACCUGACCCGGCUUCAACGUUUGUGUGUUGUAACGUUUACUGUGACUGAAUAUGUUGUUUCACCAAAACGAUGACAGAGUCGUGCUAUUUCUACGUGUAUGGUGCAUGAACGUUACUGCUGCAGUGUUUUUACGCGCAGAAACUGAGCUCGUGUCAUUCUCGCCUGAACCUGCGCCCUGCGAUGUGUCGGAAGGAUCAAUUCCUUCGAAUGACUGUGAUUUAUCGUCACACUGUCUCGUUGAGGCUUGGGGUCAUGAGUCGCGAGCCUACAUUAGUUCACAGUCACGGAGUUGUAAGCAGCAGACGGCGUAAAUGCUCGCGGCGCUUUAUCUUCGCGCACUCGUCGCACCUGUAUUGUCACAGAUGUCACAGGUCCGGCAGGAGACUCAUUGCGUGGUACCUACUCAAUUAAUGGUCGUCUCAAACUUGUGAGGACGGGGAGUAAAUGCGCACAUCGACUUGUAAGGACAGGGUUGUAUGACGUUGCUUUUGACAGGUUUUCCCCUCGCUGAAUGUUGUGUAUGAAACAAGUGCUAAAAGGAAAAGAAAUAAAGCUGACAUGUUUUUA